CAUCGGAGGGACAGAAAAAGGGCAAACACCAAAAACAAAAGUUAAGAAGAUCCUAAAGAAAACUUCCUCUGAAAAAUCUUUCACACUCUGUGCAAAUAUGAAAGAAAAGAGAAAGGAAGAAACUUUAAAUCAGUCUGCAGUAUUUUAGCAUUGUUUUUUCCAUUGGAUCUGUUCUAUUGAGAAAUAUUUCAUAAAAUUAAAAUUUGGAAACUGUUAGAUUUUUGACCUUUCUACCUGUUUCCUUUAGAUGAUCAUAACACUGCUAAUCUGUGAUUUUCUCAUUUCUUUUGUUUCUUGUUGAUCAUCGUUCUUCAUUGUCCUUUUCUUACACGAGACUCAUGUCAGACACUCAGCAUGUUCAUAGCUCUGCUCUGUCCCUUCGAUCUUCGGACAAAAUAGAAGAUGCCUUUAAGAAGAUGAAAGUAGAUGAAAAGGGAGUGUUGCAAUCUAAUGCGUAUCCAGAUCGUCCUGGUGAACGAGAUUGUCAAUACUAUCUAAGAACUGGUCUCUGUGGGUAUGGAAGCAGUUGUCGUUUCAAUCAUCCCACUCAUCUUCCACAGGGUACUAUGUAUUACAACGAGGAGCUCCCUGAGAGGAUUGGGCAGCCGGAUUGUGAGUAUUUUCUGAAGACAGGAGCUUGUAAGUACGGCUCAAGUUGUAAAUACCAUCACCCAAAGGACAGGAAUGGAGCAGAACCUGUGUUGUUCAAUGUUCUCAGUUUACCUAUGCGUCAGGGUGAGAAGCCAUGUUCAUAUUACCUGCGAACGGGAACAUGCAGAUUCGGAGUUUCUUGCAAAUUCCACCAUCCUCAACCUGAUAAUGGACAUUCUAAUGCUGCGUAUGGAAUGUCUAGCUGCCCUUCUGGCGGUUUACAUUAUGGUGGAGGAUUAACAAUGAUGUCUACUUAUGGAGCUUUGCCUCGUCCGCAACUUCCUCAGCCCUAUGUUCCUCUCAUGGUUUCACCCUCUCAAGGCCUUGUGCCUCCUCAAAGCUGGGCCACUUACAUGUGUGCAUCUAACUCCAUGUAUGAUAUGAAGAAUCAACCUUAUUACUCUGGCUCUAGUGUAUCAAUGCCCAUGCCUGAACGACCACAAUGUCGGUUUUUUAUGAACACUGGGACAUGUAAAUAUGGGGACGAUUGCAAAUACAGUCAUCUUGGUGUGAGAAUAAUGUCACCACCACCACCACCAAAUCUCAUAAACUCAUUUGUUCUCCCAGCUAGACCUGGACAACCAGUUUGUGGUAACGUCAAGUCAUAUGGAUUCUGCAAGUUUGGACCAAACUGCAACAUCGACCAUUCAAUGCUGCCAUACCCUGGCUUGACCACGCCUUAUGUUUCAUCAAAUUAUCAGAGGAUCACACCAUCUCCAAGCCGCUCUGGUUCAAAGGCUCUGUCGAACGACAAACCUGAUGUCAAGAAGGAAAUGUUAGAGACUGAGAAACCAGGAGAUGAUUCUAAACAAUUGAAUCACUCCCAAAGGAAGAAAGAAUCGUCAUCACCAUGAUCAUAAUUCAUGAUCACAGUCAGCAAUAUGGGCUGAAUCUCCAUGCUCAGGCUUCUAAAGAUCUCAAUGAUCUCUCUGUGUCAUUUUUUGUUAAUUUUGUGAAAGAGGAGGGAAUCUUAUGACUUUUCUUUUGGCUGUGGCUGAAAACAAUAUAGGACAAGGAAACCAGUGGUGUCUCUCAAUAUGCUCUUCUGUUCUAUUUUUGUUGACUCUGUUAAUAAACUUUACACUGAAUAAUCGCCACAACUAUUAAACAAAAUGCCAUAAAUACAUUUCGUC